CGUAAAUCGCUUUCCAAUUUUUUUUUUUUUUUUUUUUUUUUUGCGAUCGGCAGCAUGGCAUAAUAAAUACCAUCCAGGAGUACCACAAGAGCAAUCCUGAAACAUCUUCUCUUUCGUUUCCUCUGGGGCCAUCGCAGGACAAUGCGCGCGUUGGACCACAAAGCGGUGUAUCUACAAUGGCCCGGGAAGCGGAAGUUAAGACCAGGAACGGCGGCUCCUCCGAGGUGACACCUCCGUCUCCGUCUUCUCGGUCUCCGUCUCGGUCUCCGUCACCGCCGCCUCUCCCUCCCCGCCGGAAACCUUCGAGCGAUGGCCCUGCGCAGGUAGCGCCCGCCCAGGCCAAGCCAACCACGGCCGUAUCGUCCAUCGACAUCUCGACUCUGUCCUUCCCCGACGGGUCUCGCGGCACCUUUUCGACGAGCGCACCUCGCGAUGGCUUCACACCCAACGCCAGCGGAUAUGGGACCCCCAGCCGCGAUGCUACGGCCACGGCCGGGGCCGGUGGCGACCUGGCCGACGCAAUGAGCGUCAUGAGUCUCGCGCCGACCAUGCGACCUCAUGGAGACCUGGCCAGCCUCGUCGCUGGCGGGCUGAAUAGGAAGAGUCGCGCCUGGAACAUGUUGAGGUCGCAGUCGGAGACCGUUCAGCCCUUUGAGAGCAUCGAGCUUGGCGCCGCGGGCGACCUCGCCGGUUUCGAGAGGGAAUUCGACGAGAUCCCGAGCGACAAGCCCGACGAUGUGAGGUUGAGCAUGUGGAAGGCCAAGCUGAAGCACUACAUGAUCCUCUCGUCUGCCGGGAAGCCCAUCUAUAGCCGUCACGGGGAUCUGAGCCUCGUCAACUCGUACAUGGGCGUAGUCCAGACCAUCAUCUCGUUCUACGAAGGUGCCAAGAACCCCUUGCUGGGGUUUACGGCCGGCAACGCGCGCUUCGUCAUCGCCAUCGAGGGCCCUCUCUACUUGGUAGCCAUCAGCAGGCUGGGCGAGAGCGAUGCCCAGCUCCGGAGUCAGCUAGGAGCCUUGUACAUGCAGAUCCUAUCCACCCUGACGCUCCCUACGCUCAAAAACAUCUUCACCCAUCGCCCCUCGACCGACCUGAGGAAGCCCCUCCAGGGCACCGAGUCGCUCCUCUCCUCUCUCGCCGACAGCUUUACCAAGGGCUCGCCCUCGACCCUGCUCGGCGCGCUCGAAUGCCUGCGCCUGAGGAAAUCGCAGCGCCACGCCAUCAACAACGUCUUCCUCAAGAACCGCAGCGAAAAGCUGCUGUACGGGCUCAUCGUCGCGCGUGGCAAACUGGUCAGCGUCAUCAGGCCGCGGAAGCACUCGCUUCACCCGAGCGAUCUUCAGCUCAUCUUCAACAUGCUCUUCGAAUCGGGCGGGAUCAAGUCCGGCGGCGGAGAGAGCUGGAUCCCGCUCUGCCUGCCGGCCUUCAACAACCGAGGCUACCUCUACAUGUACGUCAGCUUCUUUGCCGACACGCCAGACGCGACGUUCGCUCCCGAGUCGGCGCUCCCGCCGACUCCUGAAUCCUCAACAGACAGCCACUAUUACUACCCUAGGCCGGCCAACACCGAAGAGAAGCAGAAGCAAGAUGACGACGACGACAACAACGACAAUGACAACGACGACGACGAGAUCGCCCUGGUGCUCAUCUCGGCCGACAAAGAAUCCUUCUACGAUCUCAAGGAGAUGCGCGACAAGCUGGCCGCCCAGCUCACCAAGGCCGGCCACCUCGAGCUCAUCCGCUCCGCCGCGCGCGAGGGCCGCCCCCGGGUCCAAGCGGUCGCCCCCGGCGCCCAGAUCGCCCACUUCCUCUACAAGUCGCGCGCCAACGUGCAGUUCUGCAUGUCCGCCCUCGAAAUGCCGCCGCCGCCCCGCCCCCCGCCGGGAUCUUGGACGGCGGCGGCGUCGUCGUCGUCGUCGUCGUCGUCGGCCGAGCGAAUGCUCACCCGGCGCCGGCUGAUGUCGCUCUACCACGAGCUGCACGCCUCGAUCCACGCCAAGCACGCUCACCUCAAGGUCCUGCACGCCGUCAGCGAGGACGCCGCCAGCCUGGCCUGGAUCACGCCCGUCUUUGAGUUCUACUGCGUUGCCGGCCCCAACGUCUCGCGCGCGGCCAUGGCGCAGGGGGCGAACCGGAUAAUUCAGUGGGCCAAGAGAGAGGAGGAGAGGUUGUUCAUUAUCGGCGGCGGCGUGUUCUAGGGUUUGUGAUCGUCAUCAUCAUACUGCACGGGUGGAUGUGUUGGAUGUUCCUCUUCACGUGUCUGUAUGUGGUACGGAGUACAGUUGUUUUUGUUGUUGUUGUUGUUGUUUAUAGAUAUACCCAUACUAGUGGCUGUUCUGUCCUAGUCAACGAGCGGACGGGCGAUAAUAUAUAUACACAUCCGGCUCCAAAGCAAACUUGCUUUCCUAAACGCACGCCGAUCUAACUCACGUGGUGAGCCCUCCAUAGAUGACAAGCGAAGCAGGAAAGUGCUUCUCGGACUCGCCCGUCUAUCGGGCCGGCCAAGCAUAUUCUGAGC